UUUAAUUUGCAGGUAUUUAGACAUGGCGACCGAACACCGAUUAAGGCAGAGAUAUAUCCUAAAUUACCUCAUAAUCCUAUUUACGACACACUUGGUUAUGGUCAAUUAACUCAAAAAGGGAAAAUAAAAGAAUUUCAACUUGGUGUAAUGUUAAGACAAAGAUAUAGUACAUUUCUUGGUAAAAGUUAUAAGUAUGGUAGCGUUUAUGCCUAUAGUUCGGAUACUGAUCGAACAAAAAUGUCUCUGCAACUGGUUUUAGCCGGUAUAUAUCCCCCAACAUUGAAUGACGUAGGUUACAUACAGUUAUUUCCAAUUUCAAAGCAUAAUGUACCAAUACUUAUAGACAAUUUAUUAUUUCCAACGCGUUGUCCAGUAUAUGAAGAACAAUAUCGCAAAGUAAGAAAUUCAAUUAUAGUUCAAAAAAAAAUAAGGAGAAACAAAAAGUUUUUUGAUUAUGUUGAGGAACACACAGGUGUAAAUAUGACAGUGAAUCCAAUCUUUUCAACUUUCAUACUGCAUCAUUUCCUGAAGUCACAGGAAAGUAUGGAUAUUAAACUGCCGAAUUGGGCAACUGAAGAAGUACGAAAAAGAAUGAUUCCAAUCGUAGAAUUAGAAUAUGAAAUCCAAUCUUAUAACAUGUUAAUGAAACGAAUAAAUGGAGGCCACCUUGUAAAAGAAUUUAUUAAAAAUAUGGAUGCAGAAAGAAAUCAAACUUCCCGUAAGAUUUAUGUAUAUAGUGGACAUGAAGUAAACAUUGCAGCUUUUGUCAGAGCACAUAAUUUAAUUGAACCUAAAAUACCCAACUUUGGAUCUGCAAUUAUAGUCGAAAAAUUGCGAGAUAGUAAAGGAAAACAUUUUGUUCAAUUAUUAGUUUGGAAUGACAAAAAAUUAGUGCCUUACACGAUUCCUGGGUGUAGUAAAAUAUGCCCGUAUGAGAAGUAUGUUAAAAGUAUGCAAGAUGUCAUCCCUUCAGAUGAAGAAUCAAAUUGCUUAUGGGAUAAUGUAUCAACGGAUAAAAUACGUUACUAUUAUACAGUAAAAAUGGAUUCAUAAAAUAUCUGUUCAAUAAAACUUAUUUGUG